UCCUGUGGAGAAAGUGCUGUCUGCUGCAGUGGUGGCGGUGAGAACUGGAGGUGGGUCGGGAGACUGGCCGUUCGGUCUCGCCGCAGCCAAGGGCCCGUUUCCAUCGUAGCACCACGGCCCUCUCCUCCAGCCCCGAGCCCGGCGCGGCUGCCCGGGGGGCUCUUUCAGGCUCCUUGACGCGGCUCCAAGAGGCGCCUAUCUGGGCAUCGCCUGGGCCUCCAGCCAGGGGACUGACUCCCGGCUUCAGCUCUCCGGGCCACUGUAAGAAGUGCCCUUAUCACCCCUCGCCCUGUCCUCCUCCUCCCUGAACCAUCGAGACCCUGGUCCAGAGCGAUAGCCUUGGACCUGGGACUGGACGGAUCCAAGACGCUCAGCCCCGGCACUCCACAGACGGGGCUCUGCAUCGUCUCUGAUAUGUCACCCACCAUCUCCCACAAGGACAACAGUCGGCAACGACGACCAGGGACUUUCAACCACUCUCUGGAUAUGAAGAGCGGUCCUCUGCCGCCAGGCGGCUGGGAUGACAGUCACCAGGAAUUGGUGGGCGGGGAAGGGGACAAAGAAGCUCUGCGGGAUACCGGCACUGGUGACUUCUCAAAAGCCCCACGGAGUUGCCGGGCCGAAUUAAGCAGCAUUCUGCUGUUGCUUUUUCUUUACGUGCUUCAGGGCAUUCCACUGGGCCUGGCGGGAAGCAUCCCACUCAUUUUGCAGAGCAAAAAUGUUAGCUAUACAGAUCAAGCUUUCUUCAGUUUCGUCUUUUGGCCCUUCAGUCUCAAAUUGCUCUGGGCCCCGUUGGUUGAUGCAGUUUACUUUAGGAACUUUGGUCGUCGCAAAUCUUGGCUUGUCCCUACACAGUAUAUACUGGGACUGUUCAUGAUAUAUUUAUCCACUCAAGUGGACCGAUUGCUCGGGAACACUGAUGGUAGAACCCCCGAUGUGAUUGCUCUCACUGUGACAUUCUUUUUGUUUGAAUUCCUGGCCGCCACUCAGGACAUCGCUGUGGAUGGUUGGGCGUUAACAAUGUUAUCCCGGGAAAACGUGGGUUAUGCUUCUACUUGCAAUUCAGUGGGCCAGACAGCGGGCUACUUUUUGGGCAAUGUUUUGUUUUUGGCCCUUGAAUCUGCGGACUUUUGUAACAAAUAUUUGCGGUUUCAGCCUCAACCCAGGGGAAUCGUUACUCUCUCAGAUUUCCUUUUUUUCUGGGGAACUGUAUUUUUGAUAACAACAACUCUAGUUGCCCUUCUGAAAAAAGAAAACAAAGAAGUAUCAGUAGGAAAAGAAGAAACCCAAGGGAUCACAGAUACUUACAAGUUGCUUUUUGCAAUUAUAAAAAUGCCAGCAGUUCUGACAUUUUGCCUUCUGAUUCUAACUGCAAAGAUUGGUUUUUCAGCAGCAGAUGCAGUAACAGGACUGAAAUUGGUAGAAGAGGGAGUACCCAAAGAACAUUUAGCCUUAUUGGCAGUUCCAAUGGUUCCUUUGCAGAUAAUAUUGCCUCUGAUUAUCAGCAAAUACACUGCAGGUCCCCAGCCACUAAACAUAUUUUACAAAGCCAUGCCCUACAGAUUAUUGCUUGGAUUAGAAUAUGCUCUACUAGUUUGGUGGACUCCCAAAGUAGAACAUCAAGGAGGAUUCCCUAUAUAUUACUAUAUUAUAGUGCUGCUGAGUUAUGCGUUACAUCAGGUUACAUUGUACAGCAUGUAUGUUUCCAUAAUGGCUUUCAAUGCAAAGGUUAGUGAUCCUCUUAUUGGAGGAACAUAUAUGACCCUUUUAAAUACUGUGUCCAAUCUGGGAGGAAACUGGCCUUCUACAGUAGCUCUUUGGCUAGUAGAUCCCCUCACAGUGAAAGAGUGUGUAGGAGCAUCAAACCAGAAUUGUCGAACACCUGAUGCUGUUGAGCUUUGCAAAAAGCUUGGUGGCUCAUGUGUUACGGCGCUGGAUGGUUAUUAUGUAGAAUCCAUCAUUUGUGUUUUUAUUGGAUUUGGUUGGUGGUUCUUUCUUGGUCCAAAAUUGAAAAAAUUACAGGAUGAAGGACCAUCUUCAUGGAAGUGCAAAAGAAGCAACUAAUGCAUUCACUACUGGACAUUCUAGGAAGGUAACUGUAGUUUCAUUUUAAUUCAGACAGCUAUGAUAAUCAGUGCACGGGAGUAUAAAAUAAUAUUUUAAACAAGGAAGUUACUAAUAUAAAAUGCCAAAUGAUUAAAAAAUAGAGACUCUCUGUAUAGUUGAUUAUAUUUUCCUUGCCUUGUCAGUGUAUUUGAAGUUUACUUAAGUUCAGGAAAUUGGUUCUUAAAACAAGUUUUCUGGCCUUGUUAUUUGAUUUAUAUCUUUUUAAUUUACUGACCAAAGUAUGUUUUAACCUGCAGUGCAGUAGUCAUGGGCGGUAACCAUGCAGUCAAGUAUUGUUAUCAGUACCUAUCACUGAGCUGUAUUUAAAAUUUUAGUACAAUAUAUUAAGUGGAACAGAGCUUGAUAUUCAGGUGCUAAUUACAACUAGUCUGGCCUUGUUGGCAGUUAAAUCUUAUUUUGAAUUGCAAAUUGGUUAAAUUCUAUGUGGAAUUUGCUGAGAAGAGAAUGCAGACUACUGAAAUGCCAUUUUAGUUGUUAUUUUUCUGACCAUAACCACAUUGUACUAAUGAAUCUGUGUUAAGAAGACUAUUUUAAAUGUAUUUCCUGCUUUUGUAAGCAUUAAAGAUUUUUAAGAAGAUUAUUCAAACUAUUUUUUUAUAAAAUGAAAGCUAUGAUUUUUAGUUUAAUGAUUCCCCUGUCCCCCUUUUUUGGAAGAUAUUCUGAUUCCUUGUUAACUUUUACCCUAAAACUUACAUGUGUUUUUGUCAUAAGUGCUUCAUGGCAUACAGACAGCUCAUGAAGGGAUCUAAUUUAGUGUUGUGUGUAUGUUCAUGGCAAAGUUUUGAAAAUAAAAAAUGUUUUUCUUCAAGCAGUUUUUUUUAUUACUGAGAGAAAAAAACAGUAAAGCUUUUCGAUUAAAUAAAAUCUAAAUGAUUAAUACCAUAAUUUUAAAGACUAAUGCUUAGAGAGAGAGACAAAGACAUUUUGUGCCUUUGACAAGUUAAAUUAUGUUGUGGAAGAAUGUUUCUUAAUUAAGCACUUUACUAGUGAGAAAAGAUCUCACAGUUACUUUAUAUGAAAUCCCACUUAUUAAAACAUAACGUUCUGUUUGUAAACUGUAAUGUCUGGUAGAGGAUUGAUAUCCCAGGAAAAUUAAACUUUUGAAUACAUUAGCAAUUCCCAACAUAUUAUGUACACCCAGUAAUAAGGUUCUUUGCAUAUUUUGUGUUGUGUAUUACUCUGACUCUUUAGGGAUUAUGUAAGUCAUUCCAAAGUUAUAGAAAAAGAAAGAUUAAGUUGAGUCUGACUUAUUUUUAUCCUGUGGGAAAACAUAUACUAAUUUUUGAUUUUGUUAAUUUUAUAACAUAGGUGGAAUUUUAGAGUGGGGUUUUAUAUAAGUAAUGGAGGAUAAAAUGGGUGGGAGAAAAUGGCACUCAGCAUCUGAAGAUAGAGGCAGUUCUCUAGAACUCAUGCAUUGCCAUUGGAAAGCCUGUGUUGGGCAUCGAUGUCAGAUUCUGAAGAAUCACCUGGAAAAUCAUCCUAGAAACAAGGAAGCUACACCAAACCAUAGUCUCCCAUACUUUGUCACAUGGGUUGUCCAUUAUCAUGUAUUAUAAUCAAAAUGUUUACUUGAAUAAAGAAAAAAACCCACUUACUCUCAUAUGUGAAAUGUAUUUUGCUUUUUAAAUUUUGGAUUAAGAAGGUGACAUUGCCAUAAUUACCUUUUGUUUCUUACCCAUUCAUAUUAAAAAUUUACAUACUUUCAAAUAUACUUUGAAGUCAACAAAUCUUUAAUGACUUGAAGUAUUAAAAUAUAUUGUAAGCCUUUAACUAUAAGGUAAAAGCCAUUAUUAAUUGCAUUUGCUCUUGAAAUGAACAUUUAGUUCAUUUUGAAUUCUAGUCCUUUGGUUAUUUGGGUACACGCUUGUAACACAUACCAAAAAUGACUUCUUAAUAGCUAUGUGCAACUAUAUUGCAUACAUUGAUUACUGAUGGCAUCUUACAAAUGAUCUACCUGAAUCUGAGGAUCUGUUCAUGGUAUAUCAGUAGUACUAGAAAAUACUACCUUUUUUGCAUAUGUUUUUCUUUACUGAUAGAUCCUGAUAAACUCUGCCCUCAAGUAUGAACGUUAACUCCUCCAGUUAAUGUAUUAUACAUUUACUAGCUAAUAUUCUUAUAAAUCUUACAAUCUUACAAAAGAUUAGCUAAGACUAAAACCAAAAAUUCCUUCCUUUGUAAAUAUUUUAAUUUUGCCUGAUCAAUCAUAAAAAAAAUUUGUUCAAUACCUAAAAUAGAUUCCU